CCGGGAGUCGCUGGGAAGGGCACACAGGGCGGGGAGAGCCCCGGGCCCGCGUGAGCUGCCGAGGAGGCCGGUCUUGGGUUUUCUCCUCCGCCAGAUCCCACCCCACGCGGCAGACCCCACCCCCUGCUCCUUCCUCCUGGGGCGCGCUCUCGGGCGCGCGCUCGGAAGUCGGGGGUCGGCGCCCAGUGCAGGCUGCGCACCGGGAGGCUGCGGAGGCAGCGCGCUCUCCGCCCGAGGACGCCCACCCGUCGGCUCUGCGCCCGGCCCUCGCCGCCAGCCCGGUCCCCGGCCCGGCCUCGGCCCGCAGCGGAGGCUCGGCCUCGAGGCACGCCGCUAGGCGAGUGCGGCGCGGCGCCCAGCCUUGCGAGGGCCCGCGCGCGGCGGGAUGACGGGUGGCGGGCGGGCCGCGCCGGCCCUGCGGUCCCGGGGGCGGCUGUGGCCUCUGCUGGCCGUGCUGGCGGCCGCGGCGGGCUGUGUCCGGGCGGCCAUGGACGAGUGCGCGGAUGAGGGCGGCCGGCCGCAGCGCUGCAUGCCGGAGUUUGUGAAUGCCGCCUUCAACGUGACCGUGGUGGCCACCAACACGUGCGGGACGCCGCCCGAGGAGUACUGCGUGCAGACCGGGGUGACCGGGGUCACCAAGUCCUGUCACCUGUGCGACGCCGGCCAGCUCCACCUGCAGCACGGGGCAGCCUUCCUGACCGACUACAACAACCAGGCCGACACCACCUGGUGGCAAAGCCAGACCAUGCUGGCCGGGGUGCAGUACCCCAACUCCAUCAACCUCACGCUGCACCUGGGGAAGGCCUUUGACAUCACCUAUGUGCGUCUCAAGUUCCACACCAGCCGGCCAGAGAGUUUCGCCAUUUAUAAGCGCACUCGGGAAGACGGGCCCUGGAUCCCUUACCAGUACUACAGUGGCUCCUGUGAGAACACGUACUCCAAGGCCAACCGAGGCUUCAUCAGGACGGGAGGGGACGAGCAGCAGGCCUUGUGUACGGAUGAAUUCAGUGACAUUUCCCCCCUCACUGGGGGCAACGUGGCCUUUUCAACCCUGGAAGGAAGGCCAAGUGCCUACAACUUUGACAACAGCCCUGUGCUGCAGGAAUGGGUAACUGCUACUGACAUCAGAGUGACACUCAAUCGCCUAAACACCUUUGGAGAUGAAGUGUUUAAUGACCCCAAAGUUCUCAAGUCCUAUUAUUAUGCAAUCUCAGACUUUGCUGUGGGCGGCAGGUGUAAAUGUAAUGGACAUGCUAGUGAGUGUGUAAGGAAUGAAUUUGACAAGCUCGUGUGCAAUUGCAAACAUAACACGUAUGGAGUUGACUGUGAAAAGUGUCUGCCUUUCUUCAAUGACCGGCCAUGGAGGAGGGCCACUGCCGAAAGCGCCAACGAAUGCCUACCCUGUGACUGCAAUGGCCGAUCCCAAGAGUGCUACUUUGACCCUGAACUUUACCGUUCCACUGGACAUGGUGGCCACUGUACCAACUGCCGCGAUAACACAGAUGGUGCCAAGUGUGAGAGGUGCCGGGAGAACUUCUUCCGUCUUGGGAACACUGAAGCCUGCUCUCCAUGCCACUGCAGUCCUGUUGGUUCUCUCAGCACACAGUGUGACAGUUACGGCAGAUGCAGCUGUAAGCCAGGAGUGAUGGGUGACAAGUGUGACCGUUGCCAGCCCGGAUUCCAUUCCCUUACUGAGGCAGGGUGCAGGCCAUGCUCCUGUAAUCCCUCUGGCAGCACAGAUGAAUGUAAUGUUGAAACAGGAAGAUGUGUUUGCAAAGACAAUGUUGAAGGCUUCAGCUGUGAGAGAUGCAAACCUGGCUUUUUCAAUCUGGAAUCAUCUAAUCCUAAGGGUUGCACACCCUGCUUCUGCUUUGGGCAUUCUUCUGUGUGCACAAAUGCUGUUGGCUACAGUGUUUAUGACAUCUCCUCCACCUUUCACAUUGAUGAGGAUGGGUGGCGUGUGGAGCAGAGAGAUGGCUCGGAGGCAUCUCUCGAGUGGUCCUCAGAUAGGCAGGACAUUGCCGUGAUCUCGGAUAGUUACUUCCCCAGGUACUUCAUCGCCCCUGCGAAGUUCCUGGGCAACCAGGUCCUAAGUUACGGCCAGAACCUCUCCUUCUCCUUCCGAGUGGACAGACGGGACACUCGCCUCUCUGCAGAAGAUCUGGUGCUCGAGGGAGCUGGCUUGAGAGUGUCGGUGCCCUUGAUCGCUCAGGGCAACUCCUACCCUAGCGAGACCACUGUGAAGUACAUCUUCAGGCUCCAUGAAGCAACAGAUUACCCUUGGAGGCCCGCUCUCUCACCCUUUGAGUUUCAGAAGCUCCUUAACAAUUUGACCUCAAUCAAGAUCCGUGGCACAUACAGUGAGAGGAAUGCUGGCUAUUUGGAUGACGUCACCUUGCAGAGUGCUCGUCCCGGGCCCGGAGUCUCUGCAACUUGGGUAGAGUCCUGCACCUGUCCAGUGGGGUACGGAGGGCAAUUCUGUGAGACGUGCCUCUCAGGCUACAGAAGAGAAACUCCAAGUCUUGGACCGUACAGUCCGUGUGUGCUCUGUUCCUGCAAUGGACACAGUGAGACCUGUGACCCCGAGACAGGUGUCUGUAACUGCAGAGACAAUACAGCUGGCCCCCACUGUGAGAAAUGUAGCGACGGGUACUAUGGAGACUCAACCCUGGGCACCGCCUCUGACUGCCAACCCUGUCCCUGUCCUGGCGGCUCAAGUUGUGCCAUUGUCCCGAAGACAAAGGAGGUGGUGUGCACCCACUGUCCAACUGGCACUGCCGGCAAGAGAUGUGAACUCUGUGAUGACGGCUACUUUGGAGACCCUCUGGGCAGCAGUGGGCCCGUGAGACUGUGCCGCCCGUGUCAGUGCAACGACAACAUAGACCCCAACGCGGUCGGUAACUGCAACCGCUUGACCGGAGAGUGCCUGAAGUGCAUCUAUAACACGGCUGGCUUCUACUGCGACCGGUGCAAAGAAGGCUUUUUUGGAAAUCCCCUGGCAGCCAAUCCAGCAGACAAAUGCAAAGCCUGCGCCUGCAAUCCCUAUGGGACAGUGCAGCAGCAGAGCAGCUGUAACCCUGUGACGGGGCAGUGUGAGUGUCUGCCUCACGUGUCCGGCCGGGACUGUGGUGCUUGCGACCCUGGCUUCUACAACCUGCAGAGCGGGCAAGGCUGCGAGAGGUGUGACUGCCAUGCUUUGGGCUCCACCAAUGGGCAGUGCGACAUCCGUACUGGGCAGUGUGAGUGCCAGCCUGGCAUCACCGGUCAGCACUGUGAGCGCUGUGAGACCAACCACUUUGGGUUUGGACCUGAAGGCUGCAAACCUUGUGACUGUCAUCACGAAGGCUCCCUUUCACUCCAGUGUAAAGAUGAUGGCCGUUGUGAAUGCAGGGAGGGCUUUGUGGGAAAUCGCUGUGACCAGUGUGAAGAGAACUAUUUCUACAAUCGGUCUUGGCCCGGCUGCCAGGAGUGUCCAGCUUGUUACCGCCUGGUAAAGGAUAAGGUUGCUGAGCACCGAGUGAAGCUCCAGGAGUUAGAGAGCCUCAUAGCAAACCUUGGCACUGGGGAUGAGACGGUGACAGACCAAGCCUUCGAGGACAGACUGAAGGAGGCAGAGAGGGAGGUUACAGACCUCCUCCGUGAGGCGCAGGGUGUCAAAGACGUAGAUCAAAACUUGAUGGAUCGCCUUCAGAGAGUGAACAGCAGUCUGCAUAGCCAAAUCAACCGAUUGCAGAAUAUCCGGAAUUCCAUCGAAGAGACUGGGGUCCUGGCUGAGCAAGCACGGACCCGAGUGGAGAGCACGGAGCAGCUGAUUGAGAUUGCCUCCAGGGAGCUCGAGAAAGCAAAAAUGGCCGCUGCCAAUGUGUCAAUCACCCAGCCAGAGUCUACAGGCGAACCAAACAACAUGACCCUCUUGGCAGAAGAAGCCCGAAGGCUUGCAGAGCGCCAUAAACAGGAAGCUGAUGACAUUGUUCGAGUGGCAAAGACAGCCAAUGAGACUUCCACUGAGGCAUAUAAUCUGCUUUUGAGGACCCUGGCAGGAGAAAAUCAAACUGCAUUGGAGAUUGAAGAGCUUAAUAGGAAGUAUGAACAAGCAAAGAACAUCUCUCAGGAUCUGGAGAAGCAGGCUGCCAGAGUCCACGAGGAAGCCAAGCGAGCAGGUGACAAAGCUGUAGAGAUCUAUGCCAGCGUGGCCCAGCUCAGCCCUGUGGACUCGGAGGCGCUGGAGAAUGAAGCAAAUAAAAUCAAGAAAGAAGCUGCAGAUCUGGACCGUCUGAUUGACCAGAAGCUAAAGGACUACGAGGACCUUAGGGAAGACAUGAGGGGGAAGGAACAUGAAGUAAAGAACCUUCUCGAGAAGGGAAAAGCCGAACAGCAGACCGCCGACCAACUCCUAGCCCGGGCUGACGCUGCCAAGGCUCUUGCUGAAGAAGCUGCUAAAAGGGGACGGAAUACCUUACAAGAAGCCAAUGACAUUCUCAGCAACCUGAAAGAUUUUGACAGACGCGUGAACGAUAACAAGACAGCAGCAGAGGAAGCUCUGCGGAGAAUUCCCGCCAUCAACCGGACCAUCGCCGAAGCCAAUGAGAAGACGAGGGAGGCACAGCUGGCGCUGGGCAAUGCGGCAGCGGACGCCACGGAGGCCAAGAACAAAGCGCACGAGGCGGAGAGGAUCGCCAGUGCCGUGCAGAAGAAUGCCACCAGCACCAAGGCGGAUGCCGAGAGGACCUUCGCGGAAGUCACAGAUCUGGAUAAUGAGGUGAAUGGUAUGCUGAGGCAACUAGAGGAAGCCGAGAAUGAGCUGAAGAGGAAACAAGACGAUGCUGACCAGGACAUGAUGAUGGCGGGGAUGGCUUCACAGGCUGCUCAGGAAGCUGAACUCAAUGCCAGAAAAGCCAAAAACUCUGUCAGCAGCCUCCUCAGCCAACUGACUGACCUUCUCGAGCAGCUGGGACAGCUGGACACAGUGGACCUGAAUAAGCUAAAUGAGAUCGAAGGCACCCUGAACAAAGCCAAAGAUGAGAUGAAGGCGAGCGAUCUGGACAGGAAGGUGUCUGACCUGGAGAAUGAAGCCCGGAAGCAGGAGGCAGCCAUCAUGGACUAUAACCGAGACAUAGAAGAAAUCAUAAAGGACAUUCACAACCUGGAGGACAUCAAGAAGACCCUACCGACCGGCUGCUUCAACACCCCGUCCAUUGAGAAGCCCUAGUGAUGGGAGGGCUGCACGGUGGGGCCCCUAACAGGGGCCUGGGAGGCCACAGUGCCUUGACACAAAGAUUACACUUUUCAGACCCCCACUUCUCUGCUGCUCUCCAUCACUGUCCUUUUGAACCAAGAAAAGUCAGAGUUUAAAGAGAAGCAAGUUAAACAUCCUUAACCAGGAACAAAGAGUUUUGCUUAAUAAAGUCUCUCUUCCACUCACGUCACCACCUUACCCGAACUGUCCCUCCAGUGGCACACCCACAUCACGUGAACCUCUUUUUUCACCAGGGCAAGCCCAUCCCGCUUCCCUCUUUCAACACCAGCAGGACCUAUUUCAGGCCUCAUAUUUCUGUGAAGGAAACGGUUGGCUCCUCGCCAUAGCGUUGAGGUGCCUCCGCAUCUGCUGCCUCCUCUUUGAAGCACAAGGAAAUAAGCACCCUGUGCCAAAGGUGGUGGUCACCUAGAAUGUCGGUAGCCAGCCACCAGUCACACGUGCUAGUUGUUGGAGGACAGGACACUGAGCCAUCGUGGGUAAGAGUGCAGUCGUGUGUGGGUCUCCAAGAGAAUGCGGCUCAAAGACAUGGAGGAUUUGCUCCUCUAGUAAUUCACUAGGAAGAUACACUUUUUUUCAAAUCCCUAGGCAGCUGAUGAGAAGUUUGGAUGGACAGCUUCCACUCCACUACACUAGGUAGCUUUUGAAACAGGGAUAUGAUAACCACUAAAGUUUUUUUUCCAAGUCUAAUUCUUGGAGCUCUGUUGGUGUGUUAGUCUGGGAACGAGUAUUAAGAUAUUUAAUAUCAAACAGUUGCUCUCCUUGAAAGAAAGCAAAUCUCCUUUUCCCCGUGUCUUCUGGAAAAUGGAUGAAAUUGAGAUGUAGCCUGUAUCAUUAAGAUUCCAUGUAUUCAUUUCUUUGCCUCUGUUGGAGAGAGAUGUAACAUUUGGCCCUUAGCUCCAAUUCUUUUCUGAUGUUUCCAUUUUUCUAGAACUCUUCAAAAUACAUCAUUUAUUUGCCAGAUCCUGUGGCAAAUGCUGCCGCUCAGCAUUGCACACAGCUGCCAUCUCGUUCCUGCACGCUGUGGCUCCACCCACUCUGCGCCUUUCCUCUGUGCGAAUGGGAAGAGCCUCGCGUGGCAUUUCCUAGUGGGCUUCUCAACCUCUGAUCCUCAGCUCUGUGGUCUCCUUAAGACCACACUGUGACAGUUCCCUGCCACACACUCCCUUCCUUCUACCUACCUGCCUCUGAGGUUCAUAUUUAGCCUUUAACACUAUGCAAUUUUGUACUUUGCGUAGCGGGGGAAAGAAACUAUUAUCUGACACACUGGUGCUAUUAAUUAUUUGAAAUUUAUAUUUUUUGUGUGAAUGGUUUUUUGUUUAUCAUGAUUAUAGAGUAAGGAAUUUAUGUAAAUAUUUCCGGUCCUUCUAGAAUGGCACUGUCUGUUCACGUCUUUGCUCGGUUUCCCCUCUCUAGCACAGGGAACCUGUACACCUCCUCCCUCCCCAUCCCUUCUGAGUCAACCCGUUCCCAGUGUUUUGCUCUGACUCUGCCUUGUGUUUGCCGCCCCUUCAGUGUCUGACCGUACUAUCAGCCUGCUCACCUCCACAGCCAGACCAAAGCGGGAACCGGGCCCUCUUCCCUUCCGCCCUGACCAUCUACAGCGCCUGCCCCGAGCAGUCCCCAGGGAAAGCUUACUGGUGGGAGGGACUGUUCCCGCCCCUUUGUAGAAAUGUGCUCUCUGGCCAUCCUUUGAGCAGGAUGGGUCGGUUUUAUAAGGGAGUGGGGGGUGGCUGAGCACUUUAGGGCGUCAGGCACGGGGCUACUGCUGACAUGGAGGAGGCUGUGUUCGGCGAAAUCUCUGCUGGAUGCACAGAGGCUGGGCACCUCUGAGGUUCCGCCCUUGCUCCUGGGGGGCCCUUUCUGCACGUCUCUGCCACACCCGGUUCGGUGCUGAUCCGCUGGCCCCUCUGUUAAGGACUCCCUACCUUGUCAUGCAUUUUAGUCACAGUUGCAGGAAAAUGGCCGAGACAGACUACCAGCGUCCUUGGGGUCAGCCCCCUCCAGCAGGCCCUGCGCUCUGCUGGGUGGGGCAUUUCAUUUUGGUUUAUUUGUCUUCUCCAUCCUUGUGGUAUAUUUUUAAACAGAAAUUUAUUUUUAAAAAUGAAAGUUAUAUUCAAAGCUGAUCCCUAACUACACUCCUGCGACACAGCCAUUGUUUUUAUUGUAUAGUUGCAGUAAUCUGUAUUUUAUGUAAUGAAAUCGACAGGAUGGCUGCUGUAGAAUGCCAGGUGUCACACGGAAUAGAUUGUUUUAUUCCCCCCCCAUGGAAUUUUCCUUUGGAUUCCAACCUCGGCCCUUUUAAAUGUGCCUUCACUGCAGCUAUUUGCCCUAAUCUCUACAGUCUCCCCCCAGGGAGCUUAAUAAAGCGCAACACUUGGCAUUUUUUAUUGUUUAAAAAGAAAACAGUAUUUUAUUUAUAAUAAAAUCUGAAUAUUUGUAACCCUUUA